CUUGGAUUGGUAUGACAAAGAAAAGGGCUCAAAUUCCAAAAUCAGUUAAGAAUUUGUUUUACCAAAAAAAUGUGACAGAAGCAGGGUUGACUUUUAUAUUGAUCUUAUUGGCAGGAAAUUCUUGCAGAAUGGGGGGUUGACUUUUGUUUGCUGUUGCAACCCCUUUGCAUUGAAGAAGGUCAAACUCUAGUUAUGAAAUUGAAAAUAAAGGCCCCAGCUCCUCUCCCUGCAGAAAUUGGUUGGAGAGAGAGAAAGGUAAAAAGAGAUACACUUUGGAGUUUGGAGAGAUAGAGAGAGGUGAAACUAUUACAUGUUUUUUCAGUUUCUUUUCCUUUCCACAUAAUUUGCUGCUGGUUUUUGAUGGUUUAACAAGGGUGGUUUCCUCUUUAAGGGUUGAAUAUUUGACUCCUUCUACUUAAAUCUUCAACUGUCUCUAAAACGCAUUUAUGGUGGUAGCAUCUGACUGUUGAAGUAAGAUGGUGUAAAUUCAUGGCACACACUGGCCUUAGUUAUUACCCCUUUUUCUUCCAUUUAUUUCCUUCAUCUAUAAAUCCCCCUUUUCUCCACCAUAACUCCUCAGACACACACACACACACACACACACACACACACACAGUUUCUUUUUCCUCAUCUUUCAGAAAAAAACACCUCCCAUAGUUGUUGAUGCAAGAAAAUAGUUUCUGAGUCUUUUGUCACAUCUUUAGGUAAAGCAAAAACUAAAAAGGGUGGUUUUGUUUAUUGUCUUUAAAAAUGGACAUGUCCAUGGCAUUGUUGUUGUUCUCUGGUGUGACAUGCUACCUUCUUUGGUUCACCUUCAUCUCCAAAUCUCUCAAGGGCCCGCGCGUUUGGCCCGUUCUGGGCAGCCUGCCCGGCCUCAUUGAGAAUGCUGAGCGCAUGCACGACUGGAUUGCCGAUAACCUCCGUGCAUGCGGCGGCACCUACCAGACUUGCAUCUGCGCCGUGCCCUUCUUGGCCCGAAAGCAAGGCCUCGUCACCGUCACCUGUGAUCCCAAGAAUUUGGAGCAUAUAUUGAAAACCCGGUUCGAUAACUACCCCAAGGGUCCUACGUGGCAGGCCGUCUUCCACGACCUACUCGGCCAGGGGAUCUUCAACUCCGACGGCGACACCUGGCUCUUUCAGCGGAAGACAGCGGCCCUGGAAUUCACCACGCGGACGUUGCGCCAGGCCAUGGCCCGCUGGGUGAACCGGGCCAUCAAAAACCGGUUCUGCCCUUUCUUGAUGUCGGCUCAGCUCGAGGCCAAGCCGGUUGACUUGCAGGAUAUUUUGCUCAGGCUGACGUUCGAUAACAUUUGUGGGCUGGCUUUCGGGAAGGACCCUCAGACUUUGGCUCCUGACUUGGCGGAGAACGGCUUCGCGUCGGCUUUCGACAAUGCCACGGAGGCAUCACUGCAGAGGUUUAUCCUUCCUGAGGUGAUGUGGAAGCUGAAGAAAUGGCUCCGGCUCGGGAUGGAGGUCAGCUUGAGCCGGAGCCUCGUCCGCGUGGAUGAGUAUUUGUCCAACGUCAUCAGCUCGCGUAAGGUGGAGCUGACAGGUCAGCAAAACAAGGAUGCCAAUCCCCACGAUGAUUUGCUGUCAAGAUUUAUGAAGAAGAAAGAGUCCUACUCGGAUAAGUUUUUGCAGCACGUGGCGCUCAAUUUCAUCCUAGCUGGCAGAGACACAUCAUCGGUGGCGCUUAGCUGGUUCUUUUGGCUGAUCAUUCAGAAUCCGAGGGUGGAGCACGAGAUCCUACGGGAGAUAUGCACCGUCCUGAUCGAGACACGUGGCACCGACGUGGAGUCCUGGCUCGAUGAGACUCUUGCAUUUGAGGAAGUUGAUCGUUUGGUGUAUUUGAAGGCUGCAUUGUCGGAGACGCUAAGGCUGUACCCUUCGGUCCCCGAGGACUCGAAGCAUGUGGUGGCGGACGAUGUCUUGCCUGACGGGACUUUUGUCCCGGCUGGAUCCUCGAUCACGUAUUCGAUCUACUCGGCUGGUCGGAUGAGGUCCACGUGGGGGGGUGACUGUCUGGAGUUCAAGCCGGAGAGAUGGCUGUCUAGUAAUAGGGACCAGUUUGUUGGCCAUGACUCUUACAAGUUCGUGGCCUUUAACGCGGGGCCGCGGAUAUGCCUCGGGAAGGACUUGGCCUACUUGCAAAUGAAGUCGAUCGCGGCGGCAGUGCUUCUCCGCCACAGGCUGACGGUGGUGCCCGGCCACAAGGUGGAGCAGAAGAUGUCGCUGACGUUGUUCAUGAAGGAUGGGCUUAAGGUAAAUGUGCAUCAAAGGGAUCUUAAAUCACUUGUGGCGAGUGUGGUUAAGGAGAGGGAAGCAGGGGCGGCGCUCGCCGGAGAUUGUUUGGAUGGGGUGGCGUUGGCGGUGGAGUAAGGGUGGUGGUUGGGGUGGUUUAAGGCGGUAGUUGGAAUGAGUUAAAGAAGAGUGUACAAUUCUUUGUAGGGUGGGCGCCCAUUAACUACUGAGUGUUUUAGGCCAACUCAGCUCAGUGGAUGGCUGAAUUCUCUUACAAAAAAGAAAAGAAAGAAAAAAAAAGAAAUUAUGUGGGACAAAACUCACAUGGUGAUAUGGAUGCCUAAUGUUGCUCUUGAAUGCAUGUAAAUGAGGGAGCAUAUGCAUGCUAUUCAUGUUUUGGAGGUACAACCAUUUAUUCUGAGAUGUUGAGAAAAACUCGAUAGUUAAUAUUUCUUGUUUUUUCUUCUUUCCCCUAUGUCUCUAAUUCAUCUUUUUGAGAGUA